CAUCGAAAAGUCUUUAAAUAGAUUUCUUGAAAAAGCUAUUUUCAAUCAACAAAUUGCUUUCUUUAAUUAUACUGAAUUUAGUGACACUGUUAAAUCCGUUAAAGAUUUUAAAGCUUCGUGGAAAAAUUACGGAAUUAUGGUCACUCUUAGUUCCCUUAAUGAUAAAAAUUUAAAAAAAAAUAUUAUUCAAGAAUUUAUUUACAAG